AUGGCAAACGAUAUGUCCGAAAAUAUCAAGGACGUCUCGAUGCUGGACGUGGCCAACGCAAACGAAAAUGGGAAAAAACGGUCUCAAAACACCAUCGUACAGAGUUUUUCGAAACUUGAUAUCGGGGACCAUCGGUCGACUCCGCCGCUUAUGCGACGUCGAUCGACGCUUAUAUUCGAUGACGACGACGAUCCACCAAAACACGAGGAGAACGUGGGUAGCGAGGUUGAUUUGAGUGACGACAGAGUACAACACUCGGCCGGCGUGGCGGACCCGUCCCUGGACCCAGACGUUUCUGCGGACCCAGAAUCCUCUGCGUCGUCUUUGGGAUCUAUCACUGGGCAACCACAGCAACAGGGCUCUGCAGAAAUAGGCACUUCCAGAAGUAAUGCGUCGACACCCCAAACCGCCGCCCAAAAUGUAAUUCCGGUCGACAUUACCUGGCAACAAGGUGGGAACAAAGUUUACGUGACCGGGUCGUUCACUGGAUGGCGUAAAAUGAUCGGGCUAGUACCUGAUACAACCCAGCAUGGUGUUUUCCACAUCAAACUUCAAUUGCCGCCCGGUACGCACCGGUUCCGGUUCAUUGUCGACAAUGAGCUUCGAUUUAGCGAUUUCUUGCCCACUGCGACCGAUCAAAUGGGCAAUUUCGUCAACUACCUCGAGAUCGUGAGUCCCGAGGUGACGCCCAAACAGGAAGUCACCUCACAGGAACCGGCUCCACAUCAACACAAACGCGCUUCUAAGGCAGAAGAACCCCUCAGUGCACGGUCGAAACUCGCGCUUCAAAUCGGUGAGGAUCCGGAUGAUAUGGGCGAUGGUUACUCGAGAUUCCACGGCGCAGUUGAACAUCAAGCCGCCUAUAGUUACACACGUGAUAUACCGGCAGUUUUCACAGACCCUUCUGUCAUGGAACAAUACUACUUGACGCUAGAUCAGCAGCAGAAUAACCAACAGAACAUGGCCUGGCUCACGCCCCCGCAGCUCCCACCACAGCUGGAAAACGUCAUUCUCAACAAUUACUCUGCUGCGGCACAGGCUGGCGAGACCGGUAGCGAAAAUAAUUCCGGUGCUUUACCAAUUCCUAACCAUGUCGUGCUGAAUCAUUUGGCCACCAGCAGCAUCAAGCACAAUACACUAUGUGUCGCGAGCAUUGUUCGAUACAAAAGGAAAUAUGCCACUCAAAUGCUAUACGCGCCACUUCAGUGA